AUGAAAACCUUUAUCCUCUUUACCCUCAGCCUCGUCCUCUCCGUUCUCUCUCAGAGCAUUCAGAUCACGGAGCCCACAGAUGGGACACCAAUCACACCAGGCCAGUCCUUGAAUGUCAUGCUCGAGUUUCCGAACUCGCUCACCGGCAUGACGCACGUCUCCGUCGUGGUAUCUACACGCGAUUGUACCCAGGAAUGCUCGCAACAGGACGCUUCUGAUUCUCUUGGAAAGCCGCUUUAUGUGGGAGACUAUGCCCCCCAGUUCCACGAAAACAACAAGCCACCGUAUCAAAAUUUCACUGUAAAGAUUCCUCAGGGUAUAACCACAGCCAAAACGCAGCUUACCGUUGCUCACUUCAUGCUUGUUGGUGCCUCCGCUUCACCCCUACUUGAGUACAAGAACGUUACUCUGGCAGUUAACUCUGCCCAAGUACGAAGGUCUUUGCUUGGGAGAAUUCUUGUCUGA